GCCUUCGUCAUCAUCAGUACGCACGGCGGCGACAGGAGCUCCUGAGUCGGCAGGGAGUGACGGGCAUCCCACCGCUAUUCUCUCUCAAUGCGAGAAAAACACUAACAGAGAGGAAAGAAGAACAUCGGCGAAUUUCCCCCCUAACGAAAGUCCCUCUGCAAACUCCGAUGGAUUAGUCUGAAUUUUCUGUGAAAGUAGAGAAUGGGCUGUGUCCAAUGUAAGGAUAAAGAAGCAGCAAAACUCACUGAUGACCGGGAGACCAGCCUCUCACACAACUCGGGGUACCGCUAUGGGUCUGACCCCACGCCGCAGCACUACCCCAGUUUCGGGGUCACCACCAUCCCCAACUACAACAACUUCCACAGCGGCGCCACACAGGGGGUGACGGUGUUCGGAGGAGUCCACACGUCCUCGCAGUCUGGGACACUGCGGUCCAGGGGAGGAACAGGGGUGACUCUGUUUGUGGCUCUUUACGACUACGAGGCCAGGACAGAGGAUGACCUCAGCUUCAGAAAGGGGGAGAGGUUCCAGAUCCUCAACAGCACUGAGGGAGACUGGUGGGAGGCUCGCUCUCUCACUACAGGUGGAACUGGUUACAUUCCCAGCAAUUAUGUGGCUCCAGUGGACUCAAUCCAGGCUGAGGACUGGUAUUUUGGUAAAUUAGGCCGAAAGGAUGCAGAGAGGCAACUGCUCUCCAACGGCAACGCCAGAGGCACUUUCCUCAUCCGUGAGAGUGAAACAACCAAAGGGGCCUACUCCCUCUCCAUCCAGGACUGGGAUGACAUCAAGGGAGACCACGUCAAACACUAUAAAAUUCGCAAGCUGGACAGCGGAGGUUACUACAUCACCACCAGGGCCCAGUUUGAGACGCUCCAGCAGUUAGUGCAGCACUACUCUGCGAGGGCCGCAGGGCUGUGCUGUAGACUGAUCAUGCCGUGCCACAAAGGCAUGCCUCGCCUGACCGACCUGUCCGUCAAAACCAAAGACGUGUGGGAGAUCCCGCGGGAGUCGCUGCAGCUCAUCAAGCGUCUCGGCAACGGCCAGUUCGGAGAGGUCUGGAUGGGCACAUGGAACGGUACCACAAAGGUGGCGGUGAAGACUCUGAAGCCUGGCACCAUGUCGCCUGAAUCCUUCCUGGAGGAGGCUCAGAUCAUGAAGAAGCUCCGACAUGACAAGCUGGUGCAGCUCUACGCUGUGGUGUCCGAAGAACCCAUCUACAUCGUCACAGAGUACAUGAGCAAAGGGAGUUUGCUUGACUUCCUCAAGGAUGGAGAAGGACGAAGCCUCAAACUGCCAAAUCUAGUAGACAUGGCAGCUCAGGUGGCAGCAGGCAUGGCGUAUAUUGAGCGGAUGAACUACAUCCACAGAGACCUGCGUUCUGCCAACAUCCUGGUUGGAGACAGUCUGGUGUGCAAGAUUGCUGACUUUGGUCUGGCCAGGCUCAUUGAGGACAAUGAAUACACGGCAAGACAAGGUGCAAAGUUUCCCAUUAAAUGGACUGCUCCUGAGGCUGCGCUCUACGGGAAAUUCACCAUAAAGUCAGACGUGUGGUCAUUUGGCAUCCUGCUGACAGAGCUGGUGACCAAGGGCAGAGUGCCCUAUCCAGGCAUGAACAACCGCGAGGUGCUGGAGCAGGUGGAGAGAGGCUACCGGAUGCCCUGCCCGCAGGACUGCCCCACGUCCCUGCACGAGCUGAUGGUGCAGUGCUGGAAGAAAGACCCGGAGGAGAGGCCCACCUUCGAGUACCUGCAGGCCUUUUUGGAGGACUACUUCACUGCCACUGAGCCUCAGUACCAGCCGGGGGAUAACCUCUGAGCGCCGCUGCCCUCAUCUCAUGUCAUUUCAUCGCUUCCCACCAGAGGGAGCCAGACACCACCUAUUCUCUCUCAUCAUGUGGCAUCAUCGACUGACUUCUUGACUUCCAAGCCUCACACACAUAAAGACAGAUGGUGAUGCCACAACGGCAAACUGACUAUCAAAUCAGAGGAUGUUUUGGAGGUGGGAGGGGGCGCUGAGACGUGACUGCAGAGUUGAAAAAUGACUGCCAUGGGUGAAAGAGAUGAGUUGUGUUGUGUAACUUGUAUGUAGUGUAAAUAUAAAUUGCUUGUUAUCUCUUUUUGUUUCCUUUUAUAUUACUUUUGAUAUUUUGGAAAUGUGUGGAUUUUUUUUUUUAAUCCAAGGUCAAAGUUAUUUCAGAAUUUUACGGCUCGUAGAAAACGUGUGAGGCUUGGUAACAGAUAUUGACAUAAUAAUUGUAGGAAUGGUAAUAGUUAGACAUUGUGGACUGAAAUAUCUCAGAAGUUUUUCUGGGAGUCCACUGACCUUUUUUUACUAAGUUAAUACUGUAUAACGAUACUGCUCCUCUUCUCAAGGAACUUAGAUGUACUAUAACACCUGUUCUUGCCUUUUCAUGUUUAGUGAUAUUCUUAUAACGUAAGGGAAUGCCUUCAUGCUUUCUACACACUAACUAAAUGCCUAAUGCAUCAUAGAGUCCAUUACCCAAACGUGUAUGGCAUCUGCACUGAUAUUAAGUGCAUCCAUUGCAUUUCAGCUUCAGCCAAUGAUUUAUAGAUCGGCCUAAAGUAUCUUUUAGUUCAGCCCCCUCGCCCCCUCCCACCAACAGCAACCAUUGUUCGGGUGACUGCUUAUUAUAUUGAGGAUAUUUUAAAAGCAUUGUUAAAUGGCAGCAGGCUGUGUUAGAAUUCUGCUUUGAACAUUCAGAUUGUCUUUUUCGCUUGAGCGGCCAAACAAACUAACUGCCACUUACAUGACAAGAACGAAGAAUUCAAACCUGUGUUUGUCCCUCCUUAAUGUGUAACUGGAAAUAACACGUUUUUUACGAGACCAAACGUGUUUAUUUCAUUGUCUGUGUUUUUUUUUUGUUUUUUUUUUCUUCCUUUGCUCAACAUUUCAGCCAGUCUUGUGUGUCGUUUAAUAUUACGUACAUGAUUCUGCAAGAACACCUGCAACUCUGGAUGACACCUUAUCAUGCUCAAGUAUCAGACUUCUCUCUCUGGGUGAGAGGGUGCAUUCCAGGACAGUACAACAUUUCUGUGUGUAUUUUUGUUGCUUUCCAGGGGUGGAAAAGUGAGCAAAAAACUCUUUUUUUGUGUCACUUUGUUUACCCUAAUUCAGUAGAUAUACGGGAAAUGUUUUUGGUCUCUGUAUUAUUUAUUGUCUCUGUCUGUUACUUGUACACAACUGGUUUUGAAAUAAACAAUCUUGCCAUCA